UGGCCGCUGUGGAGCUCGCCGGCCGGAAUCUUUGUUAUGGCACAGCUACAGGCUCGCUUCUUUACCAACAAUACGAAAUAUACAGUAGAUGAUGUUCCUUUUUCUAUCCAAGCUACCUCUGAAGUUGCUGACCUCAGUAACAUUAUCAACAAAUUGUUGGAAGCCAAAAAUGACGACCACAAAUAUGUGGAAUUUGACUUCCUUGUUAAAGGACAGUUCUUGCGUAUGUCUAUGGUCAAACACAUGGAAAUGGAAAAUAUUUCAACAGAAAAUGUAGUAGAAAUUGAAUAUGUAGAGAAGUAUACAGCACCCCAGCCUGAAGAAUGCAUGCUACAUGAUGACUGGAUCAGUUCCAUUGAAGCUACAGAAGAAUGGAUCUUGACUGGUUCCUAUGAUCAGACUUCCCGGAUUUGGUCAGUAGAAGGCAAACCUAUCAUGACACUUGCUGGGCAUGUAGAUGUGGUGAAAGAUGUAGCUUGGAUUAAAAAAGACAGCUUGUCAUGCUUCUUGCUCACUGCCUCUAUGGACCAGACUAUCUUACUCUGGGAAUGGAACGUGGAAAGGAACAAAGUGAGGGCUCUUCAUUGCUGCAGGGGACAUGCAGGAAGUGUAGAAUCUGUAGCUGUGGAUAGUUCAAGGACCAAAUUUUGCAGUGGCUCCUGGGAUAAAAUGCUGAAGAUAUGGUCUGCAGUGCCUACUGAUGAAGAGGAUGAAGCAGAGAUGGAGGAAGUAGUAAACAGACCAAGGAAAAAACAAAAAACUGAGCAGCUGGGACUAACAAGAACACCUGUUGCAACCCUCUCUGGUCAUACAGAAUCUGUGUCUUCCGUACUUUGGUCAGAUACAGAUGAAAUCUGCAGUGCUUCAUGGGACCACACCAUUAAAAUUUGGGAUGUUGAAACUGGAAGCUUUAAAUCCACUUUGACAGGAAACAAAGUGUUUAAUUCUAUAGCCUAUUCGCCACUUUGUCGGCAUAUAGCCUCAGGGAGCACUGACAGACACAUUCGGUUAUGGGAUCCUCGGAGCAAAGAUGGCAGCGCCCAGCUGAUGCCGUUGGAGACAAAAUGGAUUGAGAGGGAACUUUUCAACAAAGAACCAUCAGAGUCACACCACAUAAUUAACAACACUAAAACUGGCUUUAAUAAUCUGUAUCUCAUCAGUUGCAAAGCUCCUCUUUAUGACUUGGCGGCUCAUGAAGACAAAGUUUUCUGUGUGGAGUGGACUGAAGCUGGGUUGCUGCUGAGUGGUGGAGCAGACAACAAACUGUAUUGCUACAGAUACCAAGCAACCACUUCAGAUGUUGGAGCAUGAAAGGAGGACUUUGCUGGAUCUAUAUCACAUAUAUGAACAGAAAGUGGCCUGCUAUUUGUAGAAGGGAUGUUCUGGAGCCAGUCAAAUGUGUAUUCUUGUGGCAUGCAGCAAAAUUCAUUACCUUGUCUUUCUUCAGGAUUGAAAUUGCUGUCCUUGUAUUUAAAGCUUUUUUUAGUGUACAUAUAUGAACUGUACAAAAGAAAUUAACCACUUAAACAUGAUAUUGGAUUUUAGUAUAGUAUUUAUGUCAGUUAAUCUUAUUUUGUGCAACUAUAUUUAAAUGUUUCAGUUCAUUAUAAUUUUCAGCUUUCCAAACCAUUUGAGAAAAAAUGUCCUUAUAUUUGGAAAUUUGUUUAAAUUUGGCUAAUGGCUAAUGGUAAUUCUAUAAAAUGUAUGUUUUUGAGUAUUUUUAAUUAAAUAAAUACAUUUACCUUUGAGAAGAGA